GCGGCUGCCCCCGGGUGCGUGACGCGUGUUGGCGGUAAUAAAGUGCGAGGCGCUUCCUAAGGGUGAAAAGGCCGCGUCUGCAGUCCGGCGUGUGUUUGAGGAGAGCUGCGGUUGAUGCCCGAGAACAGCAGAAACCGGCCGUCGUCGCUUCAGCUACCACUCGGCCGAGUCCUGGGGCUCCUGCAUAUUCCCGUGUCGGAGCUUGACCACGAGGGCAAAUCAGUUCCGAGGCUGUCACGGUGUGGCAUGCCGAGCCGGUCCCCCAUGCCCCUAGUCUGACUUUUCUGCAUGGGUUGCAGUCAGCCGAGAGAGCGCCGACGGCUUCAGUUAAUCUGUAAACGGAGAAAUGCGUACUAAAGAAGUAAUCGUGUGGCUCCCCUGACACGUGCAGAUUCCUGCAGGAAUUUGCAAGCAUGCGCAGGCAUAAUCUUGACCCAGGUAUGUACGCUUACAUGCAACUAUAAUUUUACGUAGCCAACAAUAAUGCAUAAAAUGAAGAAUAUUAAUGUUUCGCUGCCUCUCACGACUCUUGUUCUCAUUUGUUCUAAUACUUUAGCUUUUUAUUUCAGUAAGAAGUGUGGAGCAACACAUCAGCCCUCUUUUCAUCUCUGUCAGCAUCCAGUCUUUGUGGGUGAUGAUUCAGCCAUCAGACUAAUCUCAGAUGAGAUACGCGUUUGCUAGAAAGAGUAAGGCUGAAGAACAAUGGCUUCCUUCAGCAACCUGACUAUUGGCAUUGCUCUUGCCAGUUUUACUGUAUUUCAGCUGCUGUUCCAUGUUUUAAGUUCUUGGGUGUCAACACGAAUAACACCUGGUUUUAACAAUCUCAGCCAAAAAAGGAAGAUCGAAUGGAAUUCAAGGACAGUGUCCACAUUCCAUGCCUUGGUGGUUGGUGGGUUUUGCCUAUAUAUUUUGUUGUAUGAUGACGCUGUUAAUGCUGACCAUCUCUGGGGUGACCCUUCAAUUGUGAAACUGAAUAUUGCUAUUACUACAGGCUACCUCAUUUCUGAUUUGUUGCUUAUUAUUUACUACUGGAAGGCAAUUGGUGACAAAUUUUUUGUAAUACAUCACUUGGCAGCUCUGUAUGCUUACUAUUUUGUACUGAGCAAAGGUCUGUUGGCUUAUUUUGGAAACUUCCGUCUGCUUGCAGAGUUCUCCACUCCUUUUGUCAAUCAGCGGUGGUUUUUUGAAGUACUGGGAUAUCCCAAAUCUUCAAAGGCCAACAUCAUCAAUGGUGUGCUGAUGACAGUUGUGUUCUUCGUGGUGAGGAUUGCCGUCAUGCCUAUAUAUUACAGCCAUGUAAUUUCUUCAUUUGGAACAGAGGCUUUCCAGAGAUUAGGAUUUGCAGCCCAGAGCGCCUGGAUGAUCUCAAGUGUUGUCUUGGAUGUGAUGAAUGUGAUGUGGAUGGUCAAAAUUGCAAAAGGAUGCUACAAAGUAAUUUGUCUUAUCGGACAGGAGGAAGCCAAAACUCAUAGAAAUGGAAAAUCUGACUAGAAAUCAUAUACAUAAAAUGAAAUUUCUGCUAUGAAAAUAAUUUUGGUUCACUGAAACAGUGUACAUUUCUGCCAUGGAAUGCUCCUCUUAAGGAAACAAGGUAUUACCUCUGUACUGACCUUACUCUUUCCCUAGCCACACUGCCUGCACACCCAGGGCCACGCUUUUCGGAUCCUGUCUGGUGAGGAAUAAAAGCAAACGCUCACACAAAUGAGUUCCACGUGUCUGUUCUAAGCAGUUACAAGCUACUGAAUUUAGAAUGGAGCAGACUGGUUACUUGCUUGUUGUCCACCAGUGUGUUCGAAGUGUUUCACUCAGGUUUCUCAGAUUAAUGUG